UUUUUCAUCCUAUUUUUUCACAACUCCCAAAAACAACAACAACAACAACAACAACAAAAUUUACAUCAAUUCCCUCAAUCCCCAAAAAAAACAUACCCAAAAACACAAAUUUAAUUAAACACGCACAAAUUUUCAUGGCAGAUUCUUCUCCACUUCUCUCAAAUCAAAACGAUGAUGUUUACGAUUAUCAUAACUCUUCCCGCGUAAAAAAAUCCACGGUCAACGAUCGUAUUGAACAAUGUAUUGGAAACUUAGGAUGGGCGCAAAUGAUACAAUGUGUUCUUGUAUCUUUUGCUUGGGCAUUUGAUGCGCAACAAACAUUUAUUUCGAUCUUUACCGAUGCGGAACCAUCGUGGCAUUGCACAUCGGCCGAAUGCGGGGCCGAUAUAUGCAAUCUCCCUAGGGGCGUCACAUGGAAAUGGGACGCCCCAAGGGAGGCCACGAUUAUAUCAGAGUAUGGCUUACAAUGUGCCAACUCUUUUUUGACGGGACUACCGGCUUCGUCGUUUUUCUUAGGAUGCCUUAUUGGCGGACUUGUGCUAGCAACAUUGGCGGAUUCAUGGCUUGGGCGCAAGAAAUUACUUUUAAUUUGUACUCUAGCCAUGUCUUUGUCAGGGUUUUUCACAGCUAUGUUCUCUAGGAAUAUUUGGGCUUAUGCGUUUUUAAGAUUUGUUUCAGGGUUCGGUAGGGCUGCAAUUGGUACAUGUUCAUUGGUUUUAGCCACCGAAGUGGUUGGAAAACAAUGGCGUGGUCAAGUUGGUGUUGUUGGAUUUGUUUGUUUUUCUUUUGGGUUUUUGUCACUUCCUGGUAUUGCUUACUUGACACAAGGCUCAUGGCGUGCGUUGUACUUAUGGACUUCGGCACCAGCCUUGAUUUACUGCGUGCUUGUGAUGGUAUUUGUAAAGGAGUCUCCGAGGUGGCUUCUAAUUCAAGGGCGUAGACAGGAAGCUAUGGAUGCUCUUAAAAACAUCGCGACGUUACAUCAAAGUAGCCUCACGUUGAGCUUCUUUGGUGAAGAAGAAGCACCUCGCGGAGAUGACACUGAUGUGUACUCCGCGAUGAGGGUUAUGGUGUCGAGGCCAUGGGCGAUUCGACGAUUGAUUACUGUUUCAUGGAUGUGUGUUGGGAUUGGAGUGGUUUAUUAUGGGAUGCCUUUAGCACUUGGGAACUUGCCUUUUAACCUUUAUUUUAGUGUUACACUUAAUGCAUUGUCUGAAUUACCUGGCUCAUUUCUUACCUUUGUUUUGAUUAAUAGAUUAGAUAGGAGGCCUGCUAUAAUUGGGUUCACAUUAGUAAGUGGGGUGCUUAGUAUUUUGGUAGUUUUGGCAGGAAAUUUGAUGGGACUACAAGUCGGACUUGAGAUACUUUCAUUCCUUUGUGCUGUCUCUGGAUUGAACCUCAUGUUGAUCUUCACAAUUGAAUUGUUCCCUACUUGUGUACGAAAUUCGGCGGUUUCUAUGGCUCGCCAAGCACUCGUGUUUGGCGGGGCAUUCGCCCCGCCAUUGGUGGCCGCAGGGCGACAGAACCCGUUUAUAGCGUACGGGGUGUUCGGGGUUGUGAUCGGCGUAUGUGGGAUGUUUGCUUUCUUCUUGCCCGAGACUAGGGGAACCGCACUUGCGGAUACCAUGGAUGAGGAAGAGGACAAGGCACAAAGGCUAGGCAGCUUCUGGGCUACUCAUUAAUUAUUCUUUUGGAGGCUUAUUAUUUGUUGUAUGCAUCAUUCAUAAUCUGUUCUUGUCAAUUGAUUACUCAGAUGGAUUCUAUAAAUUGUUUGUUUUUAGGCUAGAUGGGGGUCAAAUUUUGUGGGCACUGGGCAGGUAAAUUAUACUAGUUGAACUAUAUAGUAAUCUAUAUAGUAAUUGCUAGGCUUAGCUAUCUAGCUAGUUGCAAUUGGAUUUUACUAUCAUGUAUCCUAUACUUUGGUGUAUUCCAACUCGCUAGUAUGAGAUGAUCCACAAUUUUGAAUACAACAUUAUUGUACUCCUUA